AUGGAGCCACUUGUUGCACUCCUUCAUUUGGUUAUAGCCAUCAUGACUUUCUCUAAAGCUAAUGAGACUGUAUGUCAUCUUCGAGGAGAGCCCACAUAUCCCAAGCUAUGGAAAGAUGGGGACAUCAUAGUUGGAGGGGUUUUCUCUUUCCAUAGCAGCUGGGAGGUCAGACAACUAACAUAUUCAAUUACACCGCCUCCAUUGAAGUGCAUCAAUCUUAAUUUCAGAGACUUCCAGUAUGCACAGUCGAUGCGGUUCGCUAUACAGGAAAUUAAUAACAGUUCCACAUUGCUGCCAGGGGUCUCAUUGGGCUACAAGAUCUAUGACACAUGUGGCUCUGUGGCAGUGGGGGUUCAAGCAGCUAUGGCCCUCGCUAAUGGGCAUGAUAAAACAUCUGUUGAAGGGCCGUGCACAAAGCAGGCAGAGGUGCAAGCCAUUAUAGGAGACACAACCUCAUCAGCAUGCAUUGUAAUAACGAGGAGUAUUGGACCACUAAAGAUUCCAUUGAUCAGUCAUUAUGCAACCUGUGAGUGUCUCAGUGAUAAAAUCAAAUAUCCUUCAUUUCUUCGAACUAUUGCAAGUGAUUAUUAUCAAAGCAGAGCAUUGGCAGAACUGGUCAGACACUUUGGCUGGACCUGGGUGGGAGCCAUAAGAUCAGAUGAUGAUUAUGGCAACAGUGGAAUGGCCACUUUCACUAAAGUAGCUGAGCAGAUGGGCAUUUGUCUGGAAUAUUCCCUUCCAAUUUACAGAACGUACACAGAAGAUAAAGUACUGCGAAUAAUUGAACAGAUUAAAAGCUCUACUUCUCGAGUGAUUGUGGGAUUUCUUGUGCACUGGGAGAUGGAGUUUCUGUUGCAUAAACUUAUUGAACACAACAUUACAGGAUUUCAGUGGGUGGGCACGGAAAGCUGGAUCUCAGAUUCAGUCAUUGCCACUAUGGAUAAGAACCAUAUUCUACAGGGCGCUGUUGGGGUGGCUAUACCCAAAAAUGAAGUUACAGGUUUAAAAGAAUUCAUAUUAGAUAUAAAACCACUGAAGUCAUCGGGAAGUGCCAUUUUCACUGAGCUCUGGGAAGAUUUGUUUCAGUGUAAAUACUCCAAUAAAAAUGAUUCAUCAUUCACAACCGAAUGUACAGGCAAAGAGGAACUGUCUGACAUGCAAAACACCUUUACAGACAUGUCACUCAUGCCCAUCUUCAGUAAUGUGUAUAAAGGAGUGUAUGCUGUUGCUCAUGCACUUCAUGACCUUCUGGGCUGCACAGACAAAUGUGCAACAAAGAAACAGCCUGAUCCCUCAACAUUUCUGAAGCAACUGCGAAAAGUGCGUUUCAAAACCAAAGAUGGCGAGGAGGUUUACUUUGAUGAGAAUGGAGAUCCAGUUGCAAAAUAUGAGAUUAUAAAUUGGCAACCAAGUAAAAUAAAACAUGAUGAUUUUGUACCUGUUGGACUUUAUGAUGCAUCUUUUCCGGAAAAAGAUCGUAUGUCAGUGAACAUGGCUUCAAUUAUAUGGACAAAUAAUAAAACAAAGGUGCCUGUGUCUGUGUGCAGUGAGAGUUGUCCUCCAGGCACUAGAAAGGCGGUACAGAAAGGAAAACCUAUAUGUUGUUAUGACUGCAUACCAUGUACUGAAGGUGAAAUUACUAACAUGACAGAUUCUGUAACAUGUCUGCGGUGCCAUGAAGACUACUGGUCAAAUAUGAAAAAGGAUGGAUGUGUUAAGAAGGAGACCGAAUAUCUCUCUUAUGAAGAGGUCAUGGGAAUUUUGCUUACCACAAUUUCAGUCCUUGGUGCUAUCAUUACAAUUUUAAUUGCCAUCAUUUUUUUCAGAUAUAAAAAUACCCCCAUAGUAAAAGCCAACAACUCAGAACUGAGCUUCCUGCUGCUCUUCUCAUUGACUCUGUGUUUUCUCUGUUCACUUACUUUCAUUGGUCGCCCCACUGAGUGGUCCUGUAUGUUACGUCACACAGCGUUUGGGAUCACUUUCGUCCUCUGUAUAUCUUGUGUUCUGGGGAAAACAAUAGUUGUGUUAAUGGCAUUCAGGGCCACACUUCCAGGAAGUAAUGUCAUGAAAUGGUUUGGGCCUGUACAACAGAGACUCAGUGUUCUUGCCUUUACACUUAUACAGGUUCUUAUCUGUAUCAUUUGGCUGACAACAUCACCUCCUUUUCCCUUUAAAAAUUUAGAUUACUUUAAGGAAAAGAUCAUUUUAGAAUGUAAUGUGGGCUCAGCUCUUGGCUUCUGGGCUGUUUUGGGUUAUGUAGGAUUUCUUGCUCUCUUAUGCUUCAUUCUGGCUUUUCUGGCUCGGACACUGCCUGAUAAUUUCAAUGAAGCUAAAUUCAUCACAUUCAGUAUGCUCAUAUUCUGUGCUGUGUGGAUCGCUUUUAUUCCAGCUUAUGUCAGUUCUCCUGGAAAGUUUACUGUGGCUGUUGAGAUAUUUGCUAUUUUAGCCUCUAGUUUUGGUUUGCUUUUCUGCAUCUUUCUCCCAAAAUGCUAUGUGAUUCUACUCAAACCAGAGAAAAAUUCUAAGAAACACAUGAUGGGCAAAUAA